AUGGACAUCAACGAUCUCCUAAACAAGCCGGUGACGAUGAAGCUCACCAAGGAUCACAUCUUCACGAUCAAGUCGUCUACCUUCCCCGACCUUCUCCCCGACAUCUUCUUCCGGAAGGCGAUCGAGGACGGCUCCUUUGCGUUGCUCCGCGAGAAGCAGCUCUUCAUCAGCGACGAGGGCUGCAGCAUCCCCGUGGUCACCGUCAACGGCAUAGAGUUUCAUAUCAUAGAGUUUCACAUCUUCGUCAAGGAGGACAAAGGCACCGAGCCCGAACCACGAGAGUUCGAGGACAAGAUUGCAAGCCUCGUCAUAUCCGCCAUGCAGCAGCGCUGGGCGAUGAAGGGCACGAGACGGCAGUCGGCGCUGGAUACCCAAAGGGCGCUCAGGAUCAUGAGCAACAUCUUCAACUCCCUAUGCAUCGACACCCCGCUGCAGUGCAAGAUCGACAACCUCGCGAGGAGGAGGAGGAUGAUAACCUCCCAUACCGAUAAGACGCUACUCACGCAGGAUGGGAAGUACUACAUGCGUUUCGUCGGGUCCAAUGAGCGCGUCCUAGGCAUCAAACUCAGGAGCCUGCGGGAUGCCAAGAGGCGGUCGGAGGAGAAGCGCAUCGCCAGGAGGCAGGGCGUGGAGAUGCCGAAGAGGACGAAGCCCCUGCCACCCGUUAAACAGGAGUCACCAAAGCUGAUGCAAGCGCCGGAUACUUGGUUUCCAGUUAAUACCACACAAGAACCUUCGAGCAAACGUUUGAAGGUCGCAUCCUCACCGCCAGAGGUCAAGCUCGCCUGCAAAGGUGACGGUAGAGGCAUGCACAUCAUGACAUUCUGCAACGAAACGUUCUACGCCUUCGCAGCCGCAAAGCUCGCCGAGAUGGGCGAAAAACUUGCCCAGGCCAAGGCUGCAAUGGACGCUGAUCCAGAAAGUAAUCAUAAGUACGUCUACAAACACAUGGACUCCGCUGUCGACAAGCUCAAAGAAGCAGUCGAGAAGGCAAAGCUUGCAGACACAAUCAUCACACCUUCCGCGAGCGAGGGAAUCCAGAGCCAUCUAUGGGAGCGGGUGAACCCAUACAAAUGGAGGUGUUAUUACUCGCAUGCCCCCAUCUUCACAUGCAACCACUUCAGCUUCGUGGUUGACGUCUACCACGACAGACAGCUUACGAUGCAGCAUGCGGAUGCAGUCCAUUACAUUCGACCCUACACACAACGCGAUAAUCAGCACGACCAUAUCAGCUCUGAUGAACUGCUCAAGCUGAUAAUCGAGAAGAGCAUUUCACACGAGGUCGUAGAUGUGGAUGUGUGGUACAAUAAGCAGACCUAG